UGAAACGCCUAUAAAUUGCAAGCCCUUUCAACUUCAUUUCACACAAUAGAGCUACAAAAAUAGAGAGAUCGAGAACAUAUUGAGAGAAGUUUUAUUGUUCUAGACUGAGAAAAGAAAAUGGAGACUUUCCCUGUUAUUGACCUAUCAAAGCUGAGUGGUGAAGAGAGAAAACCAACCAUGGAGAUGAUCCAAGAUGCCUGUGAGAACUGGGGCUUCUUUGAGUUGGUGAACCAUGGAAUAUCCCAUGAGCUGAUGGACACUGUGGAGAGACUGACGAAGGAGCAUUACAAGAAGUGUAUGGAGCAAAGGUUCAAAGAAAUGGUGGCCAGUAAUGGUCUGGAGGCCGUUCAGUCCGAAAUCAAUGACUUGGACUGGGAAAGCACUUUCUUUUUGCGCCACCUUCCAGUCUCCAACAUGGCUGAAAUCCCUGAUCUUGAUGAAGAAUACAGGAAGACCAUGAAGGAAUUUGCAGUGGAACUGGAGAAACUAGCUGAGCAAUUUCUGGAGGUGUUGUGCGAGAAUCUUGGGUUGGAGAAAGGGUACCUGAAAAAGGCCUUCUACGGGUCGAAAGGGCCAACCUUUGGUACAAAAGUCAGCAACUACCCUCCCUGUCCAAAACCAGACCUUAUCAAGGGACUGAGGGCCCACACAGAUGCAGGCGGCAUCAUAUUACUAUUUCAAGAUGAUAAGGUAAGUGGCCUCCAGCUCCUCAAGGAUGGGCAAUGGUUUGACGUGCCACCUAUGAAACAUUCCAUCGUCAUCAAUAUCGGUGACCAACUCGAGGUAAUUACGAAUGGCAAGUACAAGAGUGUGAUGCACCGUGUGAUUGCUCAAACAGAUGGUACGAGAAUGUCCUUAGCCUCAUUCUACAACCCAGGGAGUGAUGCUGUCAUCUACCCAGCUCCCGCUUUGGUUGAGAAAGAGGCAGAGAAGUCUCAAGUGUAUCCUAAAUUUGUGUUCGAGGACUACAUGAAGCUCUAUGCAGGCCUCAAGUUCCAAGCCAAGGAGCCCAGGUUUGAAGCCAUGAAGGCCAUGGGUCCUAUUGCAACUGCUUGAGACUUAUCUAGGAUACUAUGAUCAAAUCAGCUCUAGUUUGUGUUGGUGUGUGUGUGCAUGUUUCUGUAAUAAAAACCAAUUAGGCCCUACUGAUGGUGAGAUUACUGUACUGAUUAGGAGUGUGGAACUUUGAUUUGUGUAACUAAAUAACUAAUUAUGCUGGCCCAAAGCUUGGUCUCCACAUGUAAUACGUACUGUGUCUAUAUGAUCGAUGUUUGGUUUGGCUCUCUGUUUUUACAA